AUGGUGAGGAGGCAUCUUCAUAUCUAUAAUGCCUUUGUCAAAACACCCAAAAAAAAUGCCGAUAGUAAAGCAGACGGCCGACAAAAUCCCGUUACUGUUUCUACAAGCGAAAAUCUCCCAAACGGUUAUGUACCGGAAGAGCAAACGCAGGAAAACGUAAGCCCGUCAUCUGCAGUGGCAACUGGAGCCGGCGUCGAAUUGGGUAUACCAACUAUUGAUCUUACGGAGAGCCCAUCACGUGCUUCGAGAUUUGGUCGUCAAAAUGGCAACGAUGAAAUUAUUGAAAUUAUUGAUUUAACCCAGACACCACCUGAUGACGAUGUAAUUUUUGUAUCCGAAAUUAAUGACGUAGUUGAUAUACGUACCCCAGUUAGAUUACAACGUAGAAGCAAUUCAAUCUCAACUGUAUCACGGCAAGAACAAAUUAACUCCUCAACUGCGCAAGCAUCAAACAAUAACGUGCAAAGGGCAACCCGUCGACGUCGUUCAGUAGACGAUCAAAGCUCAAUUUCAUCGCUUCAUGAUCCUCGUUCACCAUUUUCAGUAACUGGCGAAAAAUUGGACAGCCCUGCUCGAUUUUCGUGCCGUAUUUGCCGCGAAACAAAGGUGAACCAACCAACGUGCACACGUUGCGGUCAUGUUUUCUGCCAAAGCUGCAUUCGUCAAGCAGUGAAAUUUAACGGCCUAUGUCCCAUAUGCAACGCUCCAGUUGCGCUAAGAGAGGUGUGCCGCAUUUACUUGUAA